AUUCAUCUUUUUGUUAUUGUUCAAGUGGGCCGAUCUUAGUAUUUGCCGAAAAUAUUCCAAAUUGAUAAACAAAUUAAUUUUUGUAUUGUGUACUUUUAACUAAUAAUCGUUCCCAUAAUGGCGUUGAAGAAUCAAGUUGGUCUAAAAAUUAUGAAUGAGGUGAUAAAACACAAACCAACUAAAAAAAAUGGACCUGCUGUUACACAGCCUCAUGGUGCUGUUGAAUGGCGUAUCUUGGUUGUAGAUCAGCUUGCAAUGCGAAUGGUUUCUGCUUGUUGUAAAAUGCAUGAUAUAUCAGCUGAGGGUAUUACAUUGGUGGAAGAUAUUUUGAAAAAAAGGGAACCAUUGACUACUAUGGAAGCUGUUUAUUUGAUUACACCUAGUGAAAAAUCUGUUCAUGCCCUUAUGAAUGAUUUUGAAUCUCCCAGGCCUAUGUACAGAGGCGCGCAUGUCUUUUUCACAGAGGCAUGUCCAGAUGAACUAUUUAACAAAUUAAGCCACCACCCUGCAGCUAAAUAUAUAAAAUCUUUAAAAGAAAUCAACAUAGCUUUCAUACCAGCAGAGUCACAGGUAUUUUCACUCGAUUCACCAGAUACUUUUCAAUGCAGUUACGAUCCAUCAUUUGCUGCUGCAAGAAACGCGAAUAUGGAAAGAAUGGCGGAACAAAUCGCCACGCUUUGCGCGACUUUAGGGGAAUACCCACAUGUCAGAUAUAGGACCGAUUGGGAACGAAAUGUGGAACUGGCGCAACUUAUUCAACAAAAAUUGGAUGCCUACAAAGCAGAUGAGCCCACCAUGGGAGAAGGACCCGAAAAAGCCAGAUCUCAGUUGUUGAUUUUAGAUCGUGGUUUUGACUGCGUUUCUCCAUUAUUGCACGAGCUCACUUUCCAAGCUAUGGCCUACGACUUGCUUCCCAUUGAAAAUGACGUCUACAAAUACGAAGCAUCCGCGGGCGUUCAAAAAGAAGUCCUCCUGGACGAAAACGACGAACUCUGGGUAGAACUCCGCCACCAGCAUAUCGCCGUCGUUUCCCAAAGCGUUACCAAAAACUUGAAGAAGUUUACAGAUUCGAAACGCAUGACGCAAAGCGACAAACAAUCGAUGAAGGAUUUGUCGACCAUGAUCAAGAAAAUGCCCCAAUAUCAGAAGGAGCUGUCCAAAUACGCGACCCACCUCCAUUUGGCCGAAGACUGCAUGAAGGCUUACCAGGGGUACAUCGACAAGUUGUGCAAAGUUGAACAGGAUUUGGCCAUGGGCACCGACGCAGAAGGUGAAAAAAUCAAAGACCACAUGCGCAAUAUCGUCCCCAUUCUUCUAGAUCCAAAAAUAACUAAUGAAUAUGACAAAAUGCGCAUCAUUGCCUUGUACGCUAUGACCAAGAACGGAAUUACUGAAGAAAAUUUAUCGAAACUUGCGACUCACGCACAGAUAAAGGACAAACAAACCAUUGCCAACCUCCAACUGUUGGGCGUCAACGUCAUUAACGAUGGAGGGCCGAGAAAGAAGCAGUACAAUGUGCCGCGUAAAGAAAGGAUCACAGAACAGACUUAUCAAAUGUCAAGAUGGACGCCUGUUAUUAAAGACAUUAUGGAAGAUUGUAUCGACGAUAAGUUGGAUCAAAAGCACUACCCAUACUUGAGCGGCCGGGCGCAGACUACCGGAUAUCACGCAGCGCCCUCUAGCGCGCGCUAUGGACAGUGGCACAAAGAUAGAGGCCAGCAAGCCGUUAAGAACGUUCCGCGCAUUUUGGUCUUUGUGGUAGGAGGCAUCAGUUUCUCGGAAAUACGAUGCGCCUAUGAAGUGACAAACGCUCAGAAAAAUUGGGAAGUGAUCAUCGGUUCGUCGCACAUAUUGACCCCAGAAGGUUUCCUAAGCGAUCUGGCGACGUUAGCCGGCUAGAAUCAGAUGAAAAAGGUUACUUUCAAUGUACCCGAAUAAGAAAAAUGCGUUCUGCGAGUCUUUUUACGGAAUUACCCUUAUUUUUGAUAUAUAUCAGCUGUCGUUAAUUAACGGUGUAAUUGACAUAUGGCAUUUUAUGUCAAAUGAUAAAAUUAUUUUACAUAUACUUGCUUUUUCUGUGAUUAAUUUAUUAAAAUAGCUGGAUGUUUCUAAAAAAUAUAAAAUAUCUGUAAAAAGACUUAACUGACAAGAGUAUAAAAAUAUUAUUUUUGCACCAUAUAUAUUGUGACUUUUGUGCAGUUAGUAGAGGGUUUUUGUACUUUCUAGACGUUGAUAAUUACCAAAAUUAUGAAUGAAGGUUUAAACAAUCCGUUUUUUCAAUUUAAAAGAAACUGGUGGUUUUUUACAUUUUACUGACAUCAAAUUCUCUUUUUGAUAGUCCAAUAUCAUUGGACCAGCACUAUUACUACUUAGGUCCAAAUGCAUGGUAGGCAUUUGACAUUAGAAUAAAAUUUAGAUGACAAAUGUCACUGAAUUGACAAAUUUAACUUCAGCAUUUGAAUCUAAUGGAAUUUAUAAACUUAGAUCGAAAUGUAUGUCAGCAAUAAUGUAGAAUUUCUUAUGGUGAACCAUAAAAUUGUAAUUGGAUAAAAAGAGAGGUUAUCUUUUCGUAUUUUGUACUAAAUUCCCUGUUCCAGUCUGGGACCCUCUACUGCUUGGUUAUUUUAAAUAAACUUCUACUUAAAUAGGUAUUUUGUGACUAGUCACCUCCAGUUGCACAAACAUUACUAAUCAUUUAAAAGCUUAAAGAAAUAAAAAAAAAAAACUGAAACGUACUAUCUCGAACUUGCUUUUUGAUGCUAAAUUGUGUAACUGGUUUAUUAACUAGAUAUAUAUUAGGAUUUAUUAAACAUAAACUGAAAAAAAAUAAAACGCGUUGUACAUCUAUUAAUAUACGUUUUAGGGUAGAUAAAAUUGUAUUUUUAAAUUCAAAUGUGUCUAAGAGUAUAAAUAAAGCAAAAUAUCUUCAUCAAAGUAUAUUAUCCGUUGAGUAGCGACAUAAAGCGUCGGUGCCUUUGAUCUUGGGUAGUGCAAAUUUUCUUUCUCUCUCUUUUGACGUUAUUGACGGAACGACACAUUAAAACACUGCUCGAAUUAUGAACUGGUCUUGAAUGUGAUGUUUACACUGCUCGACGUAAUUUGAAGUAAAACUCUUUUGUAGUUUACAUUUAUAAUAAAAGGUUUGGUCAUUAGGCAGUUUUAUAUUUAUGAGUAUUUAACUUAUGUAAUAAAUAUAAAAAUAUAUAUCACUAUUGAUAAAUUUCAAUAUUUUACCUACGUCCGGAUGAGCUAGAGACUUGAAAGUUGGUAGGUGCACAGGGUUUUGAUUUUUGAUAACAAAGAAAUUAUUACUUAUGGACCUUCUUAUUUAUUAAUCAAGUUGUCUCAAACUUUAAAUUUCGCGUUGUUUAAACAUGUCGCUGAAUACAAUUUUUAACUAAAACGAAUUCCUAUAUCAGCUGCCGGACUAAAGUGAAAGGGGUUGUUUACAUCUUUAGAAGACGUCUCGCCUCUCUAUUUCGCGUCGGCGCACUAGAAUUCGGUUCCCCAGCUGUCGCUACUCAACGGUUAAUAUACUUUGUCUUCAUCUUCAAUCACAGCUUUUUGUAAAAAAUAUUUAGUAUUUUUAUUUAACUAUAGGGCUGUCAAAAAUUGCUUUUUUUUCUAUAAAAGAUACAUUCCUGGGUUUUGUCCGAAUUAUUUUGAUGAUUGUAUCAAGUAGUACGCAUAACAUUGACUGAAAACAAACUUCUAGUAUUGCACUUAAGUUAAAAUCAAGAAAAGUAGGAAUUUUCUAGGAUGGGAUUUUUAAAAUAUCUGUCAUCUAUCAGUGGUAUUGACAUUUGACAUAUUUGUUGAUUAAAUGAUAAACGUCGUCUCCCAAGACAAACUGUGUUCGUUGUAUGUAUGUAUUUUAAUUCCGAAAAAGCUGUUCUAUUGCAAUAUUUAAAAAAAAAAUAAUAUAUAGCUACUUUAUAUUCGAGCAUUUGUAUAAAAAAUGAUUAGCACGUAAUAUUGGCUCUAAUGUAAGGUUAGCUUAUGUGGCUGUUAUAAAAAUAGAAAAUUAUAAUAUAUAUCAUAACUGUAUGUUAAUUCUUCUAGUUAUAUUUCUUUGAAGUAUCUAUCAUGUCAAUUGAAAAUGUUAAUAAAUAUUAGUGAAUACUAU